UCCAUUGGAGGAAUUCAAUGAGGGCAUUAGGACAAGCAAGUACAAGUGAAAAUCACAGCGCAAAAGUGGGCUGGUGCGAGUCAGAGCAUAAGUUACUGAGACCUAUAAAAAGGACGAGAUCAUGGAGAGAAGAUUGUUGAGACAGAGGUAGGGGUACUUCUAUAGUAAAAAUAGGGACACUUUAAAGGGGUGACGCGGUGUAAAAAGUAGGUAUAUAAGAAAAAUAAACACACAGGUGCUUUUGAACUCCGGUAGAUAAAACAGUGGUUAAUUGGUAGAUUGAUCGUUUGUUUUGUAACGGCUAGUGCAAAGAGUUGGAGGAGAACACAAAGGUAUAUUCAAAUCAAUACAAGUGUUCGGAACAUCUCAGUCCGUUAAGACAAGCUUCGCAUAACGCAGCAGUGCAGUAGAAAGGGAAAUUUAGUUUUAACCAAAACGCCGAAGUUCAUAAACAUUGUGCAGAAUGCUGAGGUUUUUUUCGAUUAUUCUGUGUGUUGGCAGCAUGUGCCUAUGUGGCAUGGCUCAGGGCGGGAACAAAGGCAAAGCGGGUGAAUAUGGUGUGAAGCUGUGUGGCAGGGAGUUUAUUAGAGCUGUGAUAUUCACCUGUGGAGGCUCCCGGUGGAAAAGGUUGUCUUUGAACGUGGAUCCCUCUCAAAACGUGAACAAUCCUAUUAUGGGUGGUACUUUCAAUGAUUACUCCAAAGAAAAUUACGACUUUGGUAAACUGCAUCCCAUCUUGCAAGGGGCCCCGCUACAGAAGGCUGACUUGCCUUACGGACAGGGAUCCAUGAAGGAGCUAUUUAACCUUAAUGAUGACUACAACGAUUACGAGCCCAUGUCCAACGACUUCAGCGAGUACGCCCGGCAGGUCGCUGAAGCCAUGCGGAAGCAACAGUUGCCCCUAAGUGACAGCGGCAAUGUCCGUGCUGCGUCCCCUGGCAUCCCCUGGAUCAAGUCGCCACGUAAGAAACGGGACUUCUCCAUGGGCGUGGCGGGGAUGUGCUGCAAGUGGGGCUGCACCAAAGCUCAGAUCAGCAAACUCUGCUGAAAACAAAAGAAUCCACUUCAAUCAUUCAGUUGUAUAAUUUUAUUCUAUGUCCGUGGACUGAAUGUCAUUGACACGAAAAAAAAAAAAAAAUGUUCCAUGUUGUGAGAACCUACUUUACUCACAAGUGGAUUCUCACUUGAAUCAUUACUCUGUAAUUUUCAUAAAGGCCACUGGCCCGAAGUUGUAGAUGUUACUAUGUUUCUUAGAAUAUAAUAAAGUUGUACAGGUUUUUUUUUUUUUUUUUUUUUGCUGCUGUAAUGUUCUGUUCACGUUUCUUUAUUAAAGCAUACCUGAAAUCUGCUUUUGAUUUUGACCCAAAUUGGUGGAACCUAAUGUAUUGUGCUGGGGAGCUGAUAUAGUAUGAUAUUUAAGAAGUAUAAAAGAACAACAAAAAUCUAAAAUAUAACAUACACCAAUUACCCUGACCUGGG